AUGUACAUGAUAAAUCACCUUCUCGCCCACCAUGGCUCUUUGACCAGCGGGAACAUCUCGAGGCCCAAACCAGUAGCCACCAUGACCAGCUCAGGCACAGGGUCUAUCCACACGAAUCCUGAGCCGUUUUCCUCAGCGGCGAGGUUGAUGGGUUGUGACACGUUCAUGUCGGUGAAGAACAAUGCCUCCAUGACAGCAUUGAGGAGUAGCACAGUCAAAGAUCGCACAACCGACCAAGUUCGCCUUGGGCGUAGGCCGGGGAUCAGGGUGUACACGGUCGUCCAGAAUGGUAUCCUUACCAGGAUGAGAAACAUUAUAUGGCCUGCCAGGAAAAGCGACUUCAAGGGCUGA